GGAGGGAGAUUGGUUCCUUAGUAAGGGUUCCUUCUUUCAAGUGGUAUGGAGUGGCUACUUUCACGGAGGCACCAGCCCUUCUGUUUUUGCUCUACCCGAAGCUAAGAUGUCACUGAGAAACAAGCCAAGGGUCAAUACUUCUGCACUGCAAAGAAUUGCUGCUGAUAUGAGUGACCUGAUAGGAAGCUUGGACUCACGGGAGCUCCACUUUGAGGGCGAGGAGGUGGAAUAUGAUGCAUCUUCUGGGGACCCCAGGGCACAGGAAGAGUAUAUCCCUUUCUCUGCUGUUUAUAACACCCAGGGAUUUAAGGAACCCAACAUACAGACGUAUCUCUCCGGCUGUCCAAUAAAGGCACAAGUUCUGGAAGUGGAGCGUUUCACGUCCACGACAAGGGUACCAAGUAUCAAUCUUUACACCAUUGAAUUAACACAUGGGGAAUUUACAUGGCAAGUUAAGAGGAAAUUCAAGCACUUUCAAGAAUUUCACAGAGAGCUGCUUAAGUACAAAGCGUUUAUCCGAAUUCCCCUUCCCACGAGAAGACACACAUUCAGAAGACAGAAUGUUAAAGGGGAGGAACCCCGGGAGAUGCCCAGUUUGCCUCGUUCAUCUGAAAACAGGAUCAGGGAAGAACAGUUCUUUGGUAGGAGGAAACAACUAGAAGAUUACUUGACAAAGAUCCUAAAAAUGCCCAUGUAUAGAAACUAUCAUGCCACAACAGAAUUCCUUGAUAUAAGCCAAUUGUCUUUCAUCCAUGAUUUGGGACCAAAGGGCAUAGAAGGUAUGAUAAUGAAAAGAUCCGGGGGACACAGAAUACCAGGCUUAAAUUGCUGUGGUCAGGGAAGAGCCUGCUACAGAUGGUCAAAAAGAUGGUUAAUAGUGAAAGAUUCCUUUUUAUUGUAUAUGAAACCAGACAGCGGUGCCAUUGCUUUCGUCCUACUUGUAGACAAAGAAUUCAGAAUUAAGGUGGGGAAGAAGGAGACAGAAACGAAAUAUGGACUCCGAAUUGAUAAUCUUUCAAGGACGCUUAUUCUAAAAUGCAAUAGCUAUAGACAUGCUCGGUGGUGGGCAGGAGCUAUAGAAGAAUUCAUCCAGAAACACGGCACCAAUUUUCUCAAAGAUCAUCGAUUUGGGUCAUAUGCUGCUGUCCAAGAGAACAUGUUAGCUAAAUGGUAUGUUAAUGCCAAAGGAUAUUUUGAAGAUGUGGCAAAUGCAAUGGAAGAGGCAAAAGAAGAGAUUUUUAUCACAGAUUGGUGGCUGAGUCCAGAAAUCUUCCUGAAACGCCCAGUGGUUGAAGGAAAUCGUUGGAGGUUGGACUGCAUUCUUAAACGAAAAGCACAACAAGGGGUGAGGAUCUUCAUCAUGCUGUACAAAGAGGUGGAACUUGCUCUUGGAAUCAACAGCGAGUACAGCAAGAGGACGUUAAUGAGUCUGCACCCCAACAUAAAGGUGAUGAGGCAUCCAGACCAUGUAUCCUCUAGCGUCUAUCUGUGGGCUCAUCAUGAGAAGCUUGUCAUCAUCGACCAGUCAGUGGCCUUUGUUGGAGGGAUUGACCUGGCAUAUGGGAGGUGGGACGACCACGAGCACAGGCUCACGGACGUGGGCAGCGUGAAGCGGGUCACUUCAGGAGCCCCUUUGGGCUCCCUCCCGGCUGCGACAUCAGAGUCUAUGGAAUCCUUACACCCCAAAGAUAAAAAUGAACCUAAUAAAAGUCUGCCCAUCCUGAAGAGUGCUGAUGACAUAGAUUCCAGACUGAAAGGAGCAGGAAAGCCCCGGAAGCCUUCCAGAUUCAGCCUCUACAGGCAGCUCUACCAGCGCCACCUGCAGGACACAGACAGUGUCACCAGCAUGGACAGCGCCUCCAGUUAUUUUAAUCACUGUAGAAGUCAUCAGAAUUUAAUCCAUGGUCUAAAACCCCACUUCAGACUCUUUCGCCCUUGCAGUGAGUCUGAGCAGGGGCUUUCUGGACCCAGAGCUGAUACUGGCUCCAUCCGUAGUUUACAGACAGGCGUGGGAGAGCUGCAUGGGGAGACCAGAUUCUGGCACGGAAAGGACUACUGCAAUUUCGUCUUCAAAGACUGGGUUCAGCUUGAUAAGCCUUUUGCUGAUUUCAUUGACAGGUACUCCACGCCCCGGAUGCCGUGGCAUGACAUUGCCUCUGUAGUCCAUGGGAAGGCUGCACGUGACGUGGCACGCCACUUCAUCCAGCGCUGGAACUUCACGAAGAUUAUGAAGUCAAAAUAUCGGUCCCUUUCUUAUCCUUUUCUACUUCCAAAGUCUCAAACAACAGCCCAUGAGUUGAGAUACCAGGUACCUGGGUCUGUCCAUGCUAAUGUGCAGCUGCUGCGCUCUGCUGCGGACUGGUCUGCUGGCAUAAAGUACCACGAGGAGUCCAUCCACACUGCCUAUGUUUACGUGAUAGAGAACAGCAAGCACUACAUCUAUGUCGAAAACCAGUUUUUUAUAAGCUGUGCUGAUGACAAAACUGUGUUCAACAAGGUUGGUGAUGCCAUUGCCCAGAGGAUCCUGAAGGCUCACAGGGAAAACAAGAGAUAUCGUGUGUAUGUGGUGAUACCACUUCUCCCCGGGUUUGAAGGAGACAUCUCUACCGGAGGAGGAAAUGCUCUCCAGGCAAUAAUGCACUUCAACUACAGAACCAUGUGCAGAGGAGAAAAUUCCAUCCUUGGGCAGUUAAAAGCAGAGCUUGGAAAUCAGUGGAUAAAUUAUAUAUCAUUCUGUGGUCUCAGAACACAUGCAGACCUUGAAGGGAAUCUUGUCACUGAGCUUAUCUACGUCCACAGCAAGUUGUUAAUUGCUGAUGACAACACGGUUAUUAUUGGCUCUGCCAACAUAAAUGACCGAAGCAUGCUGGGAAGGCGUGACAGUGAAAUGGCCAUCAUUGUGCAGGACACAGAGACAGUCCCUUCAGUAAUGGAUGGAGAAGAAUACCAAGCUGGCCGGUUCGCCCAUGGACUUCGGCUACAGUGCUUUAGGGUUGUCCUUGGCUAUCUCGAUGACCCAAGUGAGGACAUCCAGGAUCCAGUGAGUGACAAAUUCUUCAAGGAGGUGUGGGUUUCAACAGCAGCUCGAAAUGCUACAAUUUAUGAUAAGGUGUUCCGGUGCCUUCCAAGUGAUGAAGUACACACUUUAAUUCAGCUAAGAGAGUUUAGAAAUAAGCCCAGAUUAUCUGAGGAAGAUCCCAUUAGAGCCGAGGAGGAAUUGAAAAAGAUCCGUGGGUUCUUGGUACAAUUUCCCUUCUAUUUCUUGUCUGAAGAAAACUUGCUUCCUUCUGUUGGAACCAAAGAAGCCAUAGUGCCUGUGGAGGUUUGGACUUAGGAGUUAUGCUCAUUUGCAUAACAGAUGUCCACCCUGAAGAUCACACUACAGACAGUGACUUUGGGGGUGACACAGCUGAAGCCAGGCCUGAUGCAGACUCAGGGGCCACCCAAAGCCCUGUGGAGUGACUGGGAGGGGCUGCAGCCCCAAUGGGGACACUGGACAUCACCCAGGCUUUGUAAAUACUUUACAAAUCAUCUUGUAGUCCAUAUAGGCAUUGUUCAAGACACUGCUUAUUACAGGAGUUGUUGUGAUUCUUCAAGGUUGCAUGGAAUUCCCCUGCAUCUGAUCAUAUAGUGUGUUCACCCAGCUAAAGACUUGGUUAUCAUUCCUUUUCAGUCACUGUUCUGAAAAGGAACAAUGUACCAGCCUGCAUGAGGUACUUCUGAUAAGGUUGACACUACAUCUUGACACCACAAAGCAACAGGAAGGAAUUAAAUCUCAAAAUUGAGGCAGAGAUUUAUUUCACUUGGCUCCCAAAGGGACUGAGAAGAUGUGCCUUGUGAUUAGACCCAGUGAUCAAAUGUGAAAGCAGGUGUAGGAUGUUUGAAUACACAGCAACCAGAUAAAACUCAGAACAUUCAACCUCAGACACCUCCAAGGUGUCAGUGGAGAUCUCAUCCAGAUAAGAAGAGAAGAUUCUGGAAUAGUCCUGUACAAUUUACUGUCAUCUUGAGCUUCUGGAUUGACUGAAACUCUAGUUUCUACAUUUCAAAAUCAAACCAGUGAAUAUAAUUUGUCUUUCAAGAGAAUUGGGAGCUUCAUAACUCCUACUGAAUUAAUUAGUAUGAGUCUAACCUUAUUUGACAUUCAGCCUCCUGCUACUUUAUCUUCUUUAAGAAAAAUUAAUUGGUUGUAAAAUGUGCUACACUUUGCUUGUGUUAUGAAAUAUACAUUAACAUUCCACCCAAAGACCCAAAGAAGCUAGGAUACUUACUAAGUCACGUUGUUCUAGUCUAUGAAUUGUUCUGAAAACACAUUUCUCUUUUGCUAUUAGUGUACCCUUUGAUAGACCAAAAUUCUAAUAUAGAAUAGAAGUACACUCACAGCCUGAAGAGCUAAUGGGGUUUCCAAAAUGCCUAUGCUUGUAAAAUAUAGUGCAGGUGCAAUAAUUAGACAUGUCUAUGGAUCACCUGGGCAGACUCUCAUAUGGAUUGUUCUCCAAAGAAGUAAGCACCCAAUUCCUGCUUUCAUGGAGCUAAUACUCCAGUCAGAAUGGCCAACAAGAGCACAGAGUCUCUUCUCAGAGAUAUGGGUUAGUAGAACAGAGAAACGGUGUCACAUUUAGGAGAGGAUCUCAAAUCCAGGGAACAUUUCACAAAUUUGGUGGGAUUUGGGAACCAGCAAUGGAAAUGAAUAUUUUGGCUUAUGUGGCUAAAGAUGGUAAAAUAACUUCAUUCUGCAGCAACUGUAAAUAAGACAUUUGAUACUUAUAAAAAGAAGUUUAGAUUGGCCUAUAAAGUAUUGAGUGUAUGUGAAAUACCAAAGGAUACCUUAUUUUUUAUUUAAAAAAUACUUUUUAAACUUCAGAACAGUCAACAAACUGGCACUGGAACAUGCAAGAUGUUCCCAUGAAGCCAUGAAGAAUAAAAGCCUGAAAGGAUGCUUUCUCUUAAUAUGUCAUUUAAUCCAGUGCCUCCUCAUUUUACAGAUGAGGAAACCAAGGCUCAGACUGGGUGAAGGGCUCCACUGCUUUUAGUACAGAUGGUAGAACUGGGACUGGCAAACUAACUGCAGUCUGCUGUUGGCCUCUCUCCUGUAGGUGGGAUAUUGCUAAGCCAUUUUGAGUCCUGGGAUAUUAUGUAUUUAUGUAUUUGUCUGUCUCCCCUUACUAGAAUAUAAGUGUCAGAGGGCAGAGACUUUACUGUAUUUUGUUAAUCAUGUAUCCCCAGAGUCUGGAAUAGUGCCGGGCACAUAGGAGAUAUCAAUAAGUGUUUGUGAAAUGAAUGAACAAGGUGGAGGAGAGAGCUAACAAAAUGAAAAGCUUGUCUCAGACAAGAAAUCUUACUUCUGGUUUCUAUGGCAGGUUUGUUUUCUGUUGUACUUUCUAAAAGCCAAUAUGCUCAUCUGCAAAGAGGCAAUGAGAUUUACUUGAAGGGAUGUUCUCGAAAAGUCAGUGCACUAACUGCCUCUUUUGUAGCAGCAGUUAACAUAGUACAGCAUUCUGCAAAAAGUGCAUGGAAUGUGGGCACUGUGACUUGGCAUCUGUCAUUCUCUGAUGGCAUUACUGCCUCCUACAAGUUCAAAUAACUUACCUUUGACAUUGCAAUGUUGAGAAAAAUUUUCAAAUGUAAAUAUUUCAAAGCCUUGAAAACCUAUAAUGAAUCUUCAACAUUUCAAAUUGACUGUAAUCCUUUGAAAUGUCUAUAA